GAGCAGCUCCGUCGUCAGUUUCGAUAACAGCCGAGAAGAAGAGGAGGAGGAGCAGGAGGAGGACGACAGGACAACGUUUUAAAUCAGCUUUAAAGCGACACAAGUGGCGUUUUAAGACACGUACACACACACGGGAGGUUGUCGGGAAUUUUAUAAUCCAUCUUCGGAGAGAAAAGGAGAGGGAAUACGGGGAUUUUGUCGCUGCCUCUGUCCUUCCUGUCCGAGCCCUUUGUGUUUUUUUGUUUUUUUGGUGCGCUCGAGCAAAGGCGACUUAGUAGCGCCCCCGCGCGAGCCAAACAGAGAAGAGCACGAGGAUAGGGAGCCAAACGAGCGGACGAGCCUCUUGCCUCCCGAGCGACGUGGUGGGUCCCCCCAGCUCAGUUGUCCGAUGCGGAGUGAGGAUGAGUCCCGCUCUGGAAGCCCUCAUGCAGGCGGACGGGACUCCAUAUCCCGGGAAAGGGGUGAUGCUUGAACCCUUCGUGCACCAGGUGGGAGGACACUCCUGCGUGCUGCGAUUUGGGGAACAGACAAUAUGCAAGCCGCUCAUCCCCAGGGAGCACCAGUUUUACAAGAGCCUCCCCCCAGAGAUGAGGAAGUUCACCCCGCAGUAUAAAGGUGUGGUGUCAGUCAGUUUCGAAGAGGAUGAGGAAGGGAACCUGUGCCUCAUCGCCUACCCCCUCCACAGCGAAUCAGGGGACCUUGAAAACAAAGAUCCCUCAUCAGACUGCGAGCCCAAGAGCAAGAUGCUGAAGUGGAGCAACAAGAAGCAGUCCCCGCUGCUCCUGGACAACGACAACUACAGCAAAGAGAGAGCCCGACACAGCCGCAAAGAAGACAAGAUCAUGAGUUAUAAUCGCGAUGAGAUGCAGCAGCAGCAGCAGGCGGAGGUUCUCUACUUCAGCCUGGAGAAGGGUAACGUGGUGCCGCAGAUCAAACACAACCCGUGGAGUCUGAAAUGUCACCAGCAGCACCUACAGAGGAUGAAGGAAAACGCGAAGCACCGCAACCAAUACAAAUUUAUCCUUCUGGAGAACCUAACAUGGCGCUACACAGUACCAUGUGUCCUAGACUUGAAGAUGGGAACUCGCCAACACGGAGACGAUGCAUCAGAGGAGAAGAAAGCCAAUCAGAUUCGCAAGUGUCAGCAGAGCACAUCGGCCUCCAUUGGAGUGCGACUUUGUGGCAUGCAGGUGUACCAGUCAGACUCAGGCCAGCUGAUGUUCAUGAACAAGUAUCACGGCCGUAAGCUGAACCUCGCAGGCUUCAAGGAGGCCCUCUACCAGUUCUUCCACAACGGGCGCCGCCUGCGUCGGGAGUUGCUAUCACCGGUGCUGCGCAGACUCCGGGAAAUGCAAGCUGCCCUGGAGGCCUGCGAGUCCUACCGCUUCUACUCCAGCUCCCUGCUUAUUAUCUAUGACGGAGACCCACCUAGGACUCCCAGUAGGCCCAGGCAUCGCGGUGGAGAAGAGGGCGAUGAGGACGAGCCAUCCGACGAAGAAGAAGAAGAGGAGGAGGAGGAAGGAGCCUUCGGUUUCCCUCGCUCCUCCUCGGCAGGCGGCAGCGCCAGCGUGGCCGGAGGGAGCAGCAACGGUGGCAGCAGCCGCUCCUCCCACAGCACAGGAGAGGCCAGCAGCCCUGCGGUGGACGUGCGCAUGAUUGACUUUGCUCACACCACCUGUCGGCACUAUGGAGAAGACAGUGUGGUGCACGAAGGCCAGGACAGUGGUUUCAUCUUCGGCCUGCAGAACCUGAUCACCAUCAUCUCCCAGCUGGAGGAUCACAGUACUGAUUGAGGCUGCUCUGGUGCCAACAUGGUUUAAAUUUUAAGCAUGGGAAAGAGCUCACUGAGCUGAAACCCUGCUACUCCAAGGUGCAUCGUCCUUAUGCCUACACGGGGGUCUGACCCUCCUCUGCUUGGAGGGAACCUCAGACACCUCGGGGUCGGGGGGAGAGUCUGUGUGGUCGUUCCUGCGCUCUCCCUUACCUGCCAGAGGACAGGGCGGUCUGUGCCCUUACUUGCACUUUUUCUCUUUCUGAGACUGCUCCUUUUUUCUUUGUUAUACGUGGUAGGAGAGAUGUUGUACGAGACGACCGUCUCUCAACAGACACAGGGAUUCCUGUAGCAUCCUUAGGACCCUCCUUCCCCCCAUCUCCUCCUCUGGUACAGACGAGUUUCUUUAUUAAGUUCUCUCUGAGAGAGAAAGAGCGUGGCUGGCGGAGAUAACUGAAGCUCAAGCGUAGUUGUAGGAGCCUGACAUGGUGCUUUACCUGUGAUAAGACUUUUUUUUUUAUUAAUGGGAUGAAGUUUGGACUGCCGGACCCCAACAGCACAGCAUAUUAUUAGUGGGGAUGUUGACUGUACAAGCUGACCUUGGCUGGCUAGGUCAACAGCUUUGUAGCAAUCGACAACUUAAGCUCCUGAGAAGGACAUUUUGUGUUUCUAUCGGUGUCUCUUAAGACCCUUGUAACAAACAUGUGUUUGCUCUACGGGCACUUGGAUUUACACUUUUCGGUGCAAGAACAAGAUUAUUUAGGUGUAGAAGAAGGGAUUUGCCUUUUUUUUCAACAGUUGUUCUCCCCUAUAACCUUUUUGCCUAUAAAACAAAAGACUUUUUGCUAAAGGGGAUGAUGAUAUCCUUGUUUUGUCACUGUCUUUGUUUUUGUCUGAUUUUUCUCCUCCUUCAUUCCUGAACUUUGACUAAACAAAGAGAAUAUAUUGAUUUAAAAAAAAAAACACUAGCUACAAAGACUAUAUAGAGACUAUUUAUUUGAAAGGGUCGUUUGAAAAGUCUAAAAAAAAGAAAAGAAAAUGGAAACAGCUACAUUCCAUGUUACCACUUUAAAUGUUCUGUUCUGAUACCGACUUUAUUUUAUUAUUGCAAGAGCUGAUAACUCUCUUGUAUACCUGUGUGUUAACAGUGUCUUGGAAAAUAAAGGCAUUCAUUUGUGGUAAAAAAACAACAACAA